AUGGUUCGGAUUUUGGGUUUAUUAUUGAUUAUUGAGUUUGAAGGCCCGAAGGUUUCUUAUCAAAAAGUAUCUAAUUCCUCAACUUUUUGAAAAGUUUCGUGAAUGUGUUAGUAUAGUUUUUGUGUGCACAACUGCGCAAAUCGACGCGUCAGAAAGUUUCUUUCUUUCUUCUUUUGCAGAAAUAUUGUUUGCAAGAAUCUUAUGCUUCUAAUAAGUUCUAUGAAAUUUUUCAACAAUCUUACCUUCCAAAGUUUUCUGUCCCAUACUCGGAAGCUAUCGAAAGUCACUUAUAAUCUCGUUUUUUUCUUGGCGUUUCUGGAUCGUCUUAACAAUCAUUUUUUUAAACUUUCACAUCAAUAGUAAAUCCAAAGGUUAAAAAUUUAGACUAACUUUGUACUAAAACUAUUUUUCAGGAUUUUCUAACGAAUUGGGGCUCAGCCGUACGAAAAAAAUGAAGCAGUGAUAAAGGCCUACAAAACGUGGAAGAAAUGCUUCGAGGAAAAAUUGUGGGACGUGGUGAGGAAUCAUAAUGAAAAGGUUAUUUUUUUCAUUGUUUGAGUUUUUCUUUAUCAAUUAAUUGAAUGCCUGCAGGUGUUUUUCUCGAUUCAGAGGAAAUAGAAAAUUAUUUGACGUUUUUAUCCGUUUUUCAACUACAAUUACCGUAGAGUGUUGCAAAUUGCAAAUCAUAUUAACUAGGAUCACCUGCAAGAAUUUAUUUUUUUUUAAAAGACCUCUGACAAGUUUUUCUUUAGUUGAAUUUUCUCUGACAUUUUCACAUUAAUCAAGAGAAAAUCAGCUCAUGUCUCUGUACAGCAAUUUCAGUGAUUUGAUUAGGUUUGAUCAAUUUUUUUUCCAACGCUUCUUUAAUAAGGUUUUUUACUUUGAAAUCCAUUCUACCCUAUGAAAUCUUGUGAACCUUUUGUGAAUAUAUAAAUCAGCAGGUGUGGCUCACAUUGCCAGAAGAAAUCGCACGCUGUCGGAAUCUCACUUUGAGCCGGAUUAUCAUCAAUAAAGUCCCCAACUCAGAUGACGAGAAAAAUUACGUUGGAGUCAUGCAGGUUCGACUUGAAUGAAAGUUGGUUUUGUUUUAAUCAUCUUUAAGACGAAGCCGGCGAUUGUUGUAACUUUGGGAGUCGGAUUCGAUGUGGCAGUCGAGAAAAAGUUGAAAAACGAACUUCCCAAGGUAAUUAUAAAAUCUGAGCGUUAAAUAUGGGUUUUCACUGUAAAUCUGUAAAAAAUAGUUCGGUUUUCACACUAAACCGGGAGGAUUAAACUGCUAUUACAAGAUGGAAAAAUAUUCUGCCAUGCAUCAUAAGCGAGUCUGAGAAUAGCUCAAGGAGGGAAUUUGCUGGAAUCUAAACUAGAACGGAAAUCUUUGGUUAGAUGUUUUGAUGGUAUAUUAUUUGCAGAAAGAAUAAGUUUUGCGGCAUCCAUUUUUGUUUAUCUUACGAAAGUCCGCGAACGGUUCAUUCUCAGGCAAAGUCGGAAUGGUGGAUACUGGCCGCUAAAAGGGAUAGGCUCAAAAAAAGUCGCAGAAAGGCAGAAAGACUUGAAAAAUGGUGGAGCUGAGAAAAUGGAGCAAAAAGGCAGCAAAAAGGGAGCCUUCAACACCCUAAAAGGAAUAUGGAGCUCUCCAGUAGCCUUUAUGACCGUCGGAGGGUUCUUCCGACUUCGCCUAUGUUAGGAGCAAAUUUACACAGAUCCACGACUUCCCUAGAUAAUUUGAAUUGAAUAUUUACAUUUUUCAAUCGGAGUUCUGAUGAAGCCCGACCUUUAAAUUUAACUCGCUUACUAGGGAAUGGUCUCCAUUCGCAGUGGGACUUCUGAAUGAGACUAGGUUCACUAGAUGUAUUUUUUCACGCUGAUUCCAAAUCUGGUCUCAAAAACUGCCCUCGAGGCCUAGUUAGUAGUUAAUACAUUUUUGGUUUAUUUAAAACCAGGCAAGAAAUUGAAUCCUUGCAGUUCUUUUGGCGUUUCUUCAACCAAUAGCCCGUUGGCUUCGGCCGCCGCAGGCAGUCUUUAGAAUUUAAUUAUAAUUUUUUCAAGCAAUUCUGACUAAAAAGCAAUUUGAAAAUUUUUAUUUAAAGGCUCUCUCAUUUAAAAUGUAGACUUAAGGGAUCCUUGUUUUUUGGCGCUGAUCCGAUUUCCGACAAAAAUGAGAAGAUUUUUUCUGAAAUCGGCACCUUCUUUCCGGUAGCGGUUGCUGCGACUAGCAAGUUAGCCAACGCUUCUGUUCUCAAAACUGAAGGUAAAAUUUUUUUUUUCAAUUCAUGGUUAGUUCCGUUUUCUAGAACAAGGGCUCUGAUCAGUUGCUCAAGCCUAUUAUUUUGCAAAGUGAGGACGAGUAAUCAAAUCCAAAUAAUCAAAUUAGUUGUCCAUUCUAAUGUAUAGUUUGAUUUAAAAGUAUCGGUUCCAUUCAGGUGGAUUCUACAAAAAUAAAUUGAUCGAACAUGUCGGAUUUGUCGACUUUGUGGAGAACUACGUUCGGCAGAAGUUUAUUGAUAUUCUGUUAUUAGACAAUGAAGGUUAGGAGGUUUUUCCAACUUUAAAAGGAAAAAAAUUUAAUUAAACAGGUCCAGAAUGGGACAUUUUCCCGAUGAUGACUCUAGGAGGUGAGCUCGAUCAACGUCGCAUAACGAUUUGUCAAAUGAGCGUUGAGGUUUUUUUUUCUCUAAUUUGAAAUUUUUAUCGUUGAAUGACGAGUUCUUACUUCUAUGUUUUGAAGCGUAAAUUGCUUUUUUUUUGGUUAGUCGACAGCAUUUUUUUAAAAAUAAAUUAUGGAACUUGAAAUAUUUCAGUUUCAUUACGAUGGCCCCGGGACGAGACCAAAGCUCGUCAGAUUGGCAGAAAGUCUAUUGAAAGGUGAGGUUUUAAUCAUUUUCGGUGGAAAAUUUUUCAUCUUUUCAGAUGAUCGAUGGGUUCCCCUAG